GAGGGUUGUCUGCGAAAGGGGUGCUAAGUUUGUUGUGAUGCUCGUAGAGACUCUUUACAAGGCAGAUGCAGCAGCUGCUGAUUCUAGAAUGAGUAAUCCAUCGGAAACAAGUAAAUGUGCAAUGGAGAGCGGGGACGAAAACACUGGUGCCCAAACAAAUGGACUGGACUUUCACAGGCAGACUGUGCAAACAACUAGUGCAAUCACCAACGCACACGCACAGGCCUUGCUCCAACAGUUGACUUUUACUCCAGCGCAGCAGCAGUUAUUGCUGCAGCAGGCUCAGGCUCAGCUCUUAGCAGCAGCGGUGCAGCAUUCAGCCAGCCAGCAGAGCAACACUACAGGAGCCAGCAUCUCUGCUUCUGCUGCCACCCCCAUCACCCACAUUCCCCUCUCCCAACCCAUCCAGAUCUCACCUCAGUUACAGCAGCUGCAACAGCAGCAGAACCUCAACCUGCAGCAGUUUGUGCUGGUCCAGCCGGGCCACCCCAUCGCAACACAGCUGCAGCCCACGCAGUUCAUCAUCUCGCAGACACCACAUGGCCAGCACAGUCUCCUGCAGGCCCAGAACCUUCUAACUCAACUACCUCAAAGCCAAGCCAACCUCCUGCAGACCCAACCAAGCAUCACACUUGCCACACAGCCUGCUACACCCACACGCACGAUAGCAGCGACCCCCAUCCAAUCCCUUCCUCACAGCCAGACGACACCAAAGCACAUCGACACACCCAGCCUGGAGGAGCCCAGCGACCUGGAGGAGCUAGAGCAGUUUGCCAAGACCUUCAAACAGAGACGUAUCAAACUGGGCUUCACACAGGGGGAUGUUGGUCUUGCCAUGGGAAAACUUUAUGGAAAUGACUUCAGCCAGACCACCAUUUCUCGCUUUGAGGCCUUGAACCUGAGCUUUAAAAACAUGUGCAAACUGAAGCCUCUGCUUGAAAAAUGGCUCAAUGAUGCAGUUUGUGCAGAGAACCAGACGUCUGACCAGGCCUUGUCCAGUCCCGGCUCUCUUGGCUCGGCUGGGCUGGGCUUGGAGGGCCUGAACCGCCGCCGCAAGAAGAGGACCAGCAUUGAGACCAACAUCAGAGUGGCCUUAGAAAAGAGCUUUCUGGAGCAGAACCACAAACCUACCUCUGAGGAGGUCACCAUGAUUGCGGACCAGCUCAACAUGGAGAAGGAGGUGAUCCGAGUAUGGUUCUGUAACCGCAGACAGAAAGAGAAGAGGAUCAACCCACCCAGCAGUGGCAGCGCCAUCAGCACUCCUAUCAAAGCAAUCUUCCCUCCCACCACACCUCUGGCACUGAGUACAGCAAGUCUUGUGACCAGUAACACACCGACUACGAUGACUGUAAACCCAGUUAUGCCUCUCACCAGCACCAGUGUCUCCAGCAUCGGUUUUACUGGCACAACUAUUGGCUCAGCUACCACUAACACUGCAUCAGUCAUCUCUACUGCACCUGUGUUCACCACGGCAGUAUCUUCUCCUUCGAUCAGCCCUUCCCCCACCACAGCGCAGAUGUCCUCCUCAGAGCAGGCUUCAGCUCAGGAGACGGUGAUAGCAGUAAGUCAGGCACCUUCCUCCUUGGCGACAACUCUGUGCACUGGGCAGGUGAUGGUGGCGGCACCCAGCCUCUCAGCUGCUCUGCAAGGAGCCACCCAGCUGCCCACCAGUGCCAGCAUCGCUGCCAUGGCUGCAGCCGCAGGCCUCAAUCCUGGCCUUAUGGCGUCCUCACAGUUCACUCCUGGCGGAGCUUUUCUAAGUUUGGCACCCGGUGGUCUUGGAAGCGCUUUGAGUCCAGCACUGAUGAGCAACAGCACCUUGGCCACAAUCCAAGGUGUGUGGAGCGCUCUGGCAUCUAGUGGCACUCUGCCCAUUACAUCUCUGGAUGGGAGCGGGAACCUGCUGUUUGCCAACACCAGCGCUGGCAGUACCCCGAACCUUGUGACAGCACCGUUCUUUUUUAACCCUCAGAACUUGUCACUGCUUGCCAGUAACCCGGUCAGCCUAGUGUCUGCAGGAGGGGCCGCAGGUGCCACCGGAGCCCUCAACCUGCACAUCACCGCCGAUGCCCACCAGAGCGCUGUUACCACGGCAACUAUGCCUGCCUCCACCAUCACCACGGCCUCUAAGGCCCAGUAAAAGCUUUACCCACUCCUCUCCUCUCCUAGACCCCUUUCCUCUUUCUAAGUUUUUCUUUAGUCUCUUGCUACCACCAAAAACAAACCUACUACAUAGGAUUUCACGUUGUUUUAACGUUAUUGUAUGUCCUAACUUUUCACAUAUCUUUUACAACUUAAUCUGUGAUGUUUGGACCUCAUUGAUGGGUUGACUUCAACCAAAUCAACCUUAAGAGAAUGUUGGCGUCUCCACAGAGCUUGCAUCAGGAGAGCAAAAACCCUGGACAUUGUGCCAAGUCUCUGUGUGACUCAAAGACACAUUUGUUUCAGUGAACUCGCUCUUUUCUCCCAUUUUCACAUCAGACCUCUUCUUCAGAGGUAUUUCUGAAAUGCUUUUAACCAAAAAACUUUGUUUACUCUGUGUUGAAUGAUACCUACUUACUGCUGACAGUAACCUCCUCAUUCUUCUGUCUAUGAUCUAAUCUCUUUUCACUGGAGAUCCUGCUUUACAGACGUUCCUGCUCCCUGGAACGUUUCCUUUUAGAUGUACAUGACUUAUUUUUGUCAAACAGUGGGUUAGCUUUAUGUCCAGUAUCUUACUAACUUGUGGUUACAAGGCUUUAAAUGGAGUAAUAAGCGGCUGUGAUGCGGUUUCAUUGCUUUUAAUGAAUCGUUCGACAGGCCUUUCUUUCUUUCUAGUGAAACACUUUCAGAUACUGUUUUCAUAUCAUUUUGUAGUUUACUCUGUAGCAGAAGACUAGUCUGGGUCUGAGUCCUCACCCAGUUAAUGGGCUCACUUAAUACUAAAAGCUUUAACGAAUUAUGAGAUGAUUCGUCAAGGAGAGAGCUUGCAAGUCUUACGUUAGCAUCAGGACAGUGUAACCACGUAAGGUAAACCUCCUCAAGGUCUUCCUAACAUGGGAUGUACUUAUGGUAUCACCACCUGAUGGUGAAGGUGAAGGUCAAGCAAGAUAAAGUUGAGGUGGUUGAUUUUCUACUUGUGCACAGUACCUGUACCAAAAAACUGGAUUUGAGAACUGCAGUCUGGUCAGUUUUUAGCAGAACUUCUGUCACGCUUUAAGAGGUCUUUAUUUCGGAGGUCUUUGUAUUGCCUCUAUUUCAAGAUAUACCAAAAAUCUUUGUUAUACCUGUUGCUGUAUAUUGCUACUGUAGCAUAGUUUAAGCCUAAAUAUUUAUGAGCGAAGGCUCUCGGUAGACCACAGGAAAUAUAAUGCAAUAUUUUUAUCUUUUCCAAAGACGAAAACAGAGUUCUUUUUUUUUUUUUUUGAGAUGGCCGUCCCUCCUCAAUUUUGUAGUGUCAGUGAAUUUAACCAAAUAGAUCUGAGGCGAGAGCAAGACGUGAUGCUACAGCAUAGGACCAGUUUGAGGUUUGGGAUUGUCCCUUCUGCUGAUCAAUGAUGAGGACUUUGAGUGAGACAUAUGGGAGAGUUGUCUUCCCAUUCUGUUCAGAUAAUUAAAAAUUGUAAACAUAAAAGUAAUGCAAGUGUGUUCUUACCUGACAAGCUUUUUGAACAUUUUCCCUUCUUUGUAGUUACAAGGUGCCAGAUUCAGUCCUCCGUAAUCUGAAAUCAGGGACAUCUCAGAAUUUUACAGAGCCCCUUGUCCCUUCAGCCCAAUGUGUAGGCUAUACCAUGGAGGACAGUAGUGGGCCUGGAAUAUCUGUUAUAAAUGGGUGAGAGAACUUUAAAUAGGGGUUUUAGCUGGAUGGUCUGUUUUGUUUUUCCCUACCAAUGUAAUGCAGCCAUGAUGUAAAGCUUGAACCAAAGUCGAUUUCUCACUAGCUGCUGUGCCUGUGUGGGCCAGUGCAAUGCUGACCACACUUUCACUACUGACAAACUUUACCAUCUAUUACACAUCUUUUAAACCCUACUCUUUUGACUUGCAUUGUCCAACAAAUCGUGUUCAGCUUUAUGAAGAAAUAUAGCUUCUCUAGCGCAGCUCUAACUUGCUUUAGCUCUCGAUAUCCAAGCAUUUAACGAGCCAAAGAGAAUCUUAAGGGCCUUGUGUUUAAGUGCUGUUGAGAUUUUGGGAGUCUGUCCUUCAUUUCAUGGUUUCCUCACCUUCUUGGUGAGUCUUUGUUUUUUGAUGUAAUAUCAUAGGACUCAACACCGAUGCUGCGUUUCAUUGAAUGAAUAGCAAUAGAAAUUUCAAGAGUCCACCAAACUCUUAAUUUAAAUCCAGAAGAACCUGUGGAAGUGCAGAUGGCUCUGAAAUGGCUUCAUAUAUCAAUAUUUUUAGUAUUGCAUUGGCACAUUGUCUAGAUUUGCUUUUUCUUGUUGUUUUUAAUGAAUGAUGCAGGCAGGCAUUCUGGGAGAAUUACAGUACAGUUUCGUCCGUAGCAUUUCUUUUAACACUCUCACAUUUUAAAUUCUGUGACAAAGAGGUCAGAGUCUCUCCUUAUUGUCCCUUUCGUCUUUUGUUACUAUGGCCCUGUCUGUCAAUUUUUGUUACGACUGUUUGUUAGCGAUGCUAUUUGUAUUUUAUUGUUAAUAUGAUUUGAAAUACCUCAGCAGCACUUACAUGGAAGGUUCACUUUAAGCAAAAGACACCAGUAGUCAACUCCAGAAUGUACAAAAGCUGUUUCUUACAGUCCAUUUUAACAUGACCAACAUGUAAAACAAAACUAAAAAGUAUAACAGGAAAAUCUGUAAUAAUAAUGUCACAUAAGUCUACUACUGCUAUUUCAAGUACUACUACUACUACUACUUAAAGGUUAUGUCCAGGUUAACUUGUAAUGAAUAUUUUGUUAUCCUACUUGCCAAAGUAAAAAAAGAAAAAGCCUUUGUCUUUGCGGCUGGGUCUUGUUGCUGCUCAAUCCGCUGGUUCUGUCCGGAAAUUUCAACGUAGCCUCUCUGGACGUGUAGAUUUGUGUGUUGUUUUGCGCAUUAGUGUCAUGACCCGGUGGUCGCCAGGACUGUGGGGAGUUACUGAUAUAUUUAUCUGAGGAAUUACUCCAAGAUUAGAGAACUUCUUUUCUAAAUUCUAUAUAUAUUCACUUAUGUAAGAUGCUCAUAUUUUAUAUUUGAACUAAUAUCUAGUUUGAAUGUAGUGUUUUUGUCAUGCUUAUUCACUAAAAGAAAAAGAAAAAAAAAAUCACUUCAUUUAUAUUAUAGCUAUGCUAAAAAAAAAAAAAGAAAAGAAAAAAAUCAAGACCAAAAAUAGCAACCACACCCUUGUGAUGUGGGAGUGGCUGUUGUGUGCCCUGCCCACAUUUAAAUGUGGUUUGUUUGAGUGGGAGGGGCUUGUGAUGGUGCUCCUGAAGCAAAGCCCCCAGCUUUCAUUGAUGUAACAGACUUGAUGGCACCAAACUAUUCUUACUAUUCUUAAAUAUUUUUUUUUUUUUGUUGUUGCUUUUAAUGAAUUUCAUUUGCCAUGUUGCAUUUUAACAAUCAUUUGAAUUUAAUUACUUUUUUUGUAUAUCAUGAGGGAGCAACAUCACUGGCUUUCUUAGUUUAACAAAAACAUGCAUUUAUCAUUUAUGCCUUACUAUUAUUUCAGAGUUUGACACAUUGUAGCAAAUUAUAUGUUGACGUGAGAGAUGAUUUUGUUUCGGUUGUGAAUUUGUGUGCGUUCGUGCAUGUGAAAGAGGAUGCAACCAAGCAUGCGCCAAUGUCAAAACUCUUAUGGUGCAUAUCAACCAUGAAAAUAACGCUGUGAGUUUUAUUUGUGUUUUGUGAUAUUUUGGAAGUGUUGCUACCUAUUUUGUAGGUAAAACUCAAGCCGGUUGGAUACCUUUUAAAAGCUUUACUAAUAACUCAACUCCAGCUGAUAUGUAGGGGGCGCUAGUGGUGCAUUUACUUCAAAUGAUAAUACUUUAGAGAGGUUCUGUCUGACAUAAUAUCUUAAAAGUGAGACUCAUUGGUAGGAAAUACAGGAAACUGAUAAGAAAAAAGGAAGCAUCAUGCAUCAUUUGAUGCAAUUGACCACUUGGCUGUAAAUGAUAUCUUUUUGAACCUGUGCUCAUGAGAUGUUUCGGAUGUGAUUUAUCAAAGGAUGUUGAACCUGGCAGAAGCUUUGUACAUUUGAAGUUGUUGCAGAUCCUUUUUGGCACUUGAUUUUGGCGUGUGUGGAUGCUUUGACUUGUGAUUGGAUAGUUUCUCGAUUGUAGCGGGGUUUGCCGCUGUCUAGUGUCAGUCUAGUGACAAAAUAGGAUCGUUACAGAAGAGGUCAUGCACCUGAGAGCUGGUCUGAGUAAAGGAGCUGUUGUAUACCUCAUUUAUAACUCAAAACUUGCUUUAAUCUACUUCAAAAGAU